CGCCGCCCUCCGCGCAGCCCGUCGCCGCCGCCGCCGCCAUGAUCAUCCCCGUGCGCUGCUUCACCUGCGGCAAGAUCGUCGGCAACAAGUGGGAGGCCUACCUGGGACUGCUGCAGGCCGAGUACACCGAGGGGGACGCCCUGGAUGCCCUGGGUCUGAAGCGCUACUGCUGCCGCCGCAUGCUGCUAGCACACGUGGACCUCAUUGAGAAGCUGCUCAACUAUGCACCUCUGGAGAAGUGACGGACGCAUCUUGGCCUCUGCUGACCACGGUGGUCAGCACCACACUGAGCUCAGGAUGAGGCCUGGGCGGGUCCGCGGCAAUGCCUGCCUCUGAUGCUGUGAGUCCACGGCGCCCAUUCUGGACAGAAGCACUCAGUAAAGUCUUUGUAGAACCAGUA